CCGGGGUUUCCUGGAAUUUGACAGACUUCGGCAUUGCAAAAGUCAUGCCUGGAAUUUGGAAAAGAAGCCCCAGCAGUGAACAGGGGGGAGCUAUCAGGGCGCUUGCAGUUGUACGAACUGUUUGAGCCUUUCAGUGCCCUUGUUGGCUUUGAUUCCCGCUGAUUUGUUUUUCUUAGCUUGCCACUGUCUUUUCUUGCACGUGCGUUUGUCCUGGCCCAACAUAUUUCUGGUCUAAUUGCUCAAAGUUGGGGCGCAAGGUUGGCCAGAUGGGCGGUGUCAAGACCGCCUGCACGGAGCGCUUUCAGUUUCUGGACCCAAGCAGCUUCUCUGGUAGUCGGCAGCAUGUUUCUCAUGACAGAAGACCUGCCGGGCUCAGUACUUUGCAUUCAUGGAGGGGUGAGAUAAGUCUCUUAGCUAGGCUGCGGACGUUGCGGCGCUGUGGUACGCAAAUUCGACCAGCUUUCAGGACCUCAAAACAAAGUCGUUGUCGCCCCCCGGUUGGUUCUCACAUCCAACAGCGAUGGCCAGCAUUGUCAGCGGAUCACAGCCUGGGCCACGCGCCCCUCCCUACUCGCUUCUUUACCAGACAAACAACAGCUGACAGGACACCCGCUGUGCCUGGCCGCAGGCAGAGACAGGCACGGCGAGUACGGUGUCAAGCAGCUCCAAAAAUUGCCAACCUCACAGCGUCCAGGACCAUGGCGGUGCCCCUGCCAGUUCACACCGACAGCGAGGGCCGCCCCCGGAAGCUGAGCGAGUUUCUGAAGCUGCCGGUGGGGCGGGAGUCGAUGCUCAAGGGGCAGUCGUGCAAAAAGAGGGAGCUCAUUGGGGACAAUACCUUCAGGUGCUACCUGCGGAGCAUCGAAGCCUUCAAGUUUUCAGUCGCCCCGGUUAUCGACGUCCGGGUGACAUCCACAGACGACACGUGUACGGUCGAGAUGCUGCAGUGCCGCUUCCUUGGUUCCGAAGCGGUCGAGCGGCAAAGCGAGCGGUUCUCGGCGACCUUUAAGAACCACAUCGACUGGCGGGAAAGCGGGGAAGCCGAAUCAGAGGAAGAAAGUGGAAAGUGUAGAAACGGAGAAGACGAAGAUCUUGCCGGGAAUGGGGCGGCGGAGCCAUUGCUGCGGAAUGACAUACAGCUAGACCUCGCGCUUGAGGUUUUCACGCCGCCCUUUACGAUGCUCCCAAUCGCGGCCGUCGAGCGUCCCGGGAGCGCAUUUUUGCAAGCUCUGUUGGAUCGAGUUGCGCCCGCAUUCGUAAGUUCACUGUUAGCAGAUUACGAGGCCUGGGCAAAAGGGGAGCUGGAGGAGACGGACACCUUGUCUACGGACCAUUUAGAAAGACACGAAGAACAUGAUGCUGUGAAUUCGAGAAAGCAAUAACAUUUGAAAGACGGAAGUUUCGAGGAGAUCUAGGUGUGCCAUUCGUAGUGCAUUGCAACUGAUUGGAUGUGUUGAUUGCAGUGGACAAGUCGUCAUUCGUCUAGUUUGUAGUUGACUGGACAAGCAAUUUCCAUGGGAAGUGCAGAUAUUGCGUGGUUCUGUUUUCGAUAAGGAUCAGCUAUCGACUCGACUGAUCGACAGUAUUGAUUGAUGCAUUAUAAGAACAGCAAGUUUCAUGACAUCAAAAGCAAUAUACGCGCUUGCUGUGGCAUCGUGGCGCGCAAAACAAGG